AUGUCUCUGCCUCCACCGCCGGAAGAUCUUGAGACUCGAAAUAUCAUUGACAAACUGGCUAGCUUUGUUGCUCGAAAUGGACAAGAUUUUGAAACGAUGACCAGACAAAAACAACAAAAUAAUCCCAAGUUUCAAUUUCUUAAUGGUGGUGAACACCAUUUGUAUUACCUCUAUAAAAUACAAGCAGAACAGGCUCUUCUCCGACAACAACAGCCACCACCAUCUCAACAGCAGCCGUUUCCAAUGCCGAUGCCAAAUAUGCAUGGUGGAUCGAACCAAGGAAUAAUGCCCUCCAUAAAUUCUAUGAAUAUGAACGUUGGUCAACGUCCACCACAUCCUCACUUUGCGGGUUCAGGACCAAAUCCAGCAUGGCCCCCACCUCGUCUUCCCCUCUUUCAAGGACCACCAUCACAAAUUCCGAUUCCUCCCGGCAUCGCUAUGGAACAAGCAUUUCAACAACAAAUACAAUCAUGUCAAGAACGUAUGCGUCAAAGCGAAACGAAUCUUCUUGCGCAAAAAGAAAUGUUACAGAUUAAUAAAAAAUCGAAGAUUCAGGAGACAAUUCGUGCUGCAAGACAGGCCCGUAUUCAGGCGCAAGCAGCCGAAGCCAAAAUCGAUCUGAAAGAGUUGGAUCGUGUUACAUCAUCUAUUAUCGAAUCGUGUACGAAAGAUAAUAUAACAAGUGGAAAAAAUUUUAUAUUUACUCAUAAUCAGACAAGUCUUCAAACAGAUACAAUUUGCUUAUAUUUGGUUGAUCGUUUACUUUCACCAGAUGCUUCGUUUGAUGCGCGAUUACAUUUAAUUUAUUUAAUCAAUGAUAUUCUGCAUAACUGUGUGCGUAAGGGCUAUGAUGAACUCCGUCUACAUUUGGAAAAGAUUAUUGUGCCAACAUUUUGUUUGGCCGUUGAUCAAGCUGAUGAAGAACGAAAAGGCAAAUUAGUGAAGUUGCUAGAUUUAUGGGAAAAAAACAAAUAUUUUAGAGUUGAAAUAAUGGAAAAAUUACGUGAUAUUAAUCAAGCUCGAAUACAUUAUGAGGAAGCUAUAAAAAUUGAAUAUGCACCAAUCAUAGAUCCUAUCGAAGCAAAUUUCGAAGGAAAAUAUCAUCAGCUUGAGCGACAGCAUCAAGAUUUUAUCCAACACACACAAACUCAACUUGUACAAAUAAGUCAUAUGCAACAGUCACAUCAACAGCAACAACAGUUUGCAUCCUCGCUUCCUCCGCAUAUUCCACAAACACCACAAUUACCUCCGAACAUGUUUCCUCCUCCACCAAACAUGGUUGGGCCAAAUGGAGCUCAACAGUUUGGGCCACAACAAGGGAAUAAUAUUCGAGGUCCACCGUUAAAUAAUCGGAUGUUAUCUCCUUCGAUACCAUCAACAUCUCUACAGCCUCCUCCAUUAAUGUCGUUAAAUCCAUUCAAUGAUAAUGGUCGUGAUUCUUUACCACCUCAGACUUCCUCCAAUGUGAUGAAUCCACAAGGACCCUGUUUACCGCCUAUGCCUAAUCCCAAUCUCAUAUCACAACAAAUGUUCGAACAAGUUCCAUCGUUGAUGUCGAUAAACACUUACCAGCCACCCUCAUCCAACGAUUCAAAUGAUGAAUACAGUUCAAAUGAGAAUAGUCAAGAUGGUUCGUUAUCAAAUAACGUUUCUUCUCAAAUAAGCGAAUUAACGCCUGAGGUACCAUAUUACGAUCUGCCUGCCGGUCUCAUGUGUCCACUAGUCAAAGAUGAUGAUUGUGAUUAUCGAUCGUUAGAUCCUCAUUUAAUACGUUUACCACCACCGCAAGUACCUACCGAAAGAUUAUUAGCUGCUAUUAAUAAUUUUUAUUCAGCCGCAACACAUGAUUCUCCCAGAAAUGCCGAAGGUUGGGAACGCUUAGGACUAUUUGAAUUUUACAAAAUGAAAAAUAAAUAUAAAUAUUCGAAAGAAAGAAUACAGCGAAUUGCAAAAGAACAACAAGAUGCACUGAAACCACCGGGACGACAAAGAAAAUCUGUUUCUUCUACAUCAUCCUCCUCAUCGUCAAGAUCAACGUCAUCUGACUUAUCUGAUGAUCAAGGACAAAAGCGUCGACGAUCGAGAUCUCGUUCGGAAUCCCCACGUGCUCAUCAUCAUCAUCAAACUCAUUCCAUAGUAACUUUGCCGCGACCUAAAUCACGUUCAAAAACCAAAUCUCGAUCAAGAAGUGUUUCUCCUCCAACAUUUACUUCUGCACCCGUCGGAAUAGGAACUAUCAACCCGAAAGCACAACAUCAUCAUACAACGCAAAAAUUAGAUGAAUCAAAUAUUGGGCAUAAAUUAUUGCAAAAAAUGGGUUGGAAAGGUAAAGGAGGAUUGGGCUUGAAAGGGCAAGGAAUUGCCGAACCAAUAGCGGCUGGUGCUGAAGUACGUGAACGAAAUGAAUUAUACAAGGGUAUUGGAGUGGAAGAAGAUCCAUUUGAACAAUUUCGAAAAAAUAAAAGUAAAGGUUAUGUAAAUCGUUUAAUUAGUGCAAGAGCAACGACAACGACAAAAAGAAAACCGAAAGACGGUGAAGAAGAUGAUGAAGAUGAAGAUGAACAACAACAGCAACAAGAAGGAAGUGGUGAUAUAUUUGCAACUACCUGA